AUUGCACUGAUCCCGACACUAUGUCUGCUCUCGACGACCAUCUGCCUCCAGAUGGGGGCUACGGUUGGAUAUGUGUAGCUUCGUGCUUUCUGCUCAACUUUUCGACCUGGGGCGCAGUAUCAUCUUAUGGCAUCUACCUCAGUUACUAUCUGGACGACGAGCGCUUCGCCGAUGCCUCCGAUCUCGAUUUCGCCUUUAUCGGUGGCUUCAAUUUUGCAUUUGCUAUGCUUGCAGCUCCUGCAGUCACGGUCUUUGUGCGUCGUUUUGGUAUGCACGCAUCCAUGUGUGUUGGUCUCGUACUACAAACGACUGGAUAUGUUACGGCAGGCUUCACCAACCAUGUCUGGCAGCUGUAUCUCUCCCAGGGGCUUCUGGUAGGCCUUGGAAUUGGAUUCAUCUAUGUGCCUAGUCUACCUGUGCUUUCGCAGUGGUUUCAAUCGCGCCGGAGUCUGGCAAAUGGGAUUAGUAGCGCUGGGUCUGGUGUUGGAGGUGCGUUGUUUACCUGGUCUACAGGUGCGAUCAUCGAUGCUCUGGGCGUACAGUGGGUAUUAUGCAUUAUGGGGAUCAUAACAUCUGCUCUGAUCGCUCUUGCUAUCUCCUUGAUUCGCGAUCGCAACAAGCACAUCCGUCCCUCUCAGUUGGCCAUCGAUGUAAAUCUGCUUCGACGCCCGGAUGUGCUUCUCCUGCUCGCAUGGACGUUUACUAGCAUGCUUGGCUAUAUUGCCUUGCUUUUCUCACUCUCCGACUACGCAACUGCAAUCGGUCUGUCUCGACAGCAGGCUACAAACGUGGUAGGGUUCCUCAACAUUGGUACUGCUGUUGGACGGCCGAUCGUCGGUAUCGCCAGCGACAAAUCGAGUCGACUUGAUGUCGCAGGAAUCUUGACACUGUUCUGUGGACUGAUUUGUUUCAUCUUCUGGAUUCCAACACAGGGGUUCGCAUUAUUGGUGGUUUUCGCAUUGCUCGCUGGGGCAGUUCUGGGGGUCUUUUGGAUGGUGAGUGUCUUGCGCUUUUCUCUC